AUGACUGGGGCUUCGGUGACCAAGCAGCGCUCUACUUUAACGCAAGAUCUCCAGCUCGCCUCAAAGCAAUAUGGAGCAGACCCUCAGUUCAACCCUCGCCUCGCUACAGUAAUCACCGCGGCCAAAAAGCAAGGUUUCCCUAAAGCCUCCAUCGAGAAUGCAAUUGCAAGAGGACAAGGCCGUUCGCCCACGGGAGCUGCCUUGGAAUCUCUGACUAUAGAAGCAAUGCUUCCACCUUCGGUCGCUGUUAUCGUGGAAUGCCAAACGGACUCCAAAGCGCGGACUCUGGGCGACAUGAAGUUAGCUAUCAAAGAGUCUGGUGGGUCCAUGACACCCACCAGCCACAUGUUCGACAGAAAGGGAAAGAUCGUAUUCGAAGGAUCUAAAGAUAUUGGAGAAGAAGAGAUCUUCGAUCAUGCAAUAGAAGCAGGGGCUAUUGAUGUACAAAUGGAAGACGAGGGCAAAGUGGUCGUCUAUGCCGAAUCGAGCCAGACAACGGCAGUCGCGGAGAAUUUGGUCAAUUCUUCAGGGUUGAAGGUUGAGAGUCUGGAUAUUGUUUGGGAUCCCAAAGAGGAUAUGAUGGUCGAUGUGGCAUCUCCCGAGAUGCUCGACAGCUUUCUAGGUGGUUGCAACCACAUCCGUCCAUUCAAUACACCUGGCAGUCCAUGGAGCAUGAAGCUGGUGUUGCUGGGUCUAGGUUUGGCUCUAACUGUUCAAGGCGCGCGUACGGAGCAGAAAGACAGUCACCAGGAGAGAGAACUGAAUACAAAAGACCUUGUGGCCGAGGAGACAGACCAGAUAGAGGAGAAGAGUGAUGACGAUGGUCCCGAAAAGGAAGAAGAUGCAGACUUUAUGGAUUCUGCAGUUGACGAAGAGGAAAACGGAGAGGACAAGAACGAGCAACAUGAUUGGAAAGACAUUGAAGAGGAUGAGGAUGAUAUCCAGAACUGUGGAAAAGAAUCAGAGGUCUCCGCACUUGCGAUCAUCGUUCCAUCCCAGAUGGUCAGAGAGAUCCCAAGAAUCACCAUCGACAAAGAAACCGGGAGGAUAUUCAAUCAUAUGCCCUUUGCAGAAAGGUUGAGGAUCCUUGCGGCUCUGGCUUUUGCGGUUACGAUAUGGAUUUUUGUGAUUGGCUUCGCCCUGUGGACAAUGGUUCAGGCGUCCGAGAAUAUUAUAGUGACGGUGGUCUUCGAAACAUGA